AUGGCUGGUACAAAGGAAAAAGAGCAUAUACAUGAAAAGCAUGACAAGGAUAUAAGGGAACUUGCAGAAGCAGUAGUGAAAAUUUCACGUGAUCGACGUUUCUAUAAAGCUAACGAAAAACCCCCAUUUUCACUUGCGUUACUUUAUGCUCAAGUAAUGGUAUGUGUAAGUGCACUUCUUACUAUUCCAUUUAUAUUAUCAAAUGAACUUUGUGCUGGUCGAGAUGUCUACUCUUUACGAGUAUUACUUAUCUCGUCAACUUUUGUUGUUAGUGGCAUAUCAACAAUUAUACAAACUUUGCUUGGAACUAGAUUAGCGCUUUUACAAGGCACAGCUUUUGCGUACAUUCCAUCAAUUCAAGUAUUCAUGAAAUUAGCUGAAUACAAAUGCAUUUCUUCAGAAGAUGAUGUUGUGGCGGCUUCUAUUUAUCAUCACAAACUUGCCAUCAUUCAAGGAUGUUUGAUAGCCUCUUCGCUGAUACCAAUACUUAUCGGCAUGACAGGCAUCGUUGGAGUGUUGACAAAGUUCAUCGGGCCUAUUACAGUUUCACCUCUUAUGCUACUUCUUGUCCUCAAUGCAGUUGACCUCUGUGUAGAACGUAUUUCUAAACAUUGGGUUGCCGUAAUACAAGCUGCUGCUUUGUUUGCAACAAUUUUGUAUUUGGCAGAUUGGAAAGUGCCUACUCUUGGCUACAAAAAUAAUCGUUUCACUAUCGUACGGACCAAUAUUUUUGGCCAAUAUCCAUACCUAAUUGCUAUACUUACUUCUUGGGGUUUCUGCUUAUUUCUUACUUUAACAAAUCUUACUGCUCCUGAUAGUGCUGCUCGAUUGGAUAAAAAUGAAACAAUUGAAGUGAUUAAGCAUGCCGAAUGGUUCCGAUUCCCAUAUCCAGGACAAUUUGGUGCUCCUCAGUUCCAUACGGGAUUAUUUUUUGCAUUUACUAUUUCUGCGUUAACAUCGGUAUUUGAAUCGGUAGGAGAUUACCAUGCAGCUGCACGAGUUUCGGAAGAGCGAUCACCACCUUCACAUGCUAUCAACCGUGGGAUUCUAGCCGAAGGUUGCGGUUCUCUGUUGGCUGGUCUUUUAGGUCCUGGUGUAGGCAUGACAACUCAUACUGAAAACAUUGGUGUUAUCGGUGUUACUCGAGUGGCAAGUCGAUUUACAAUGGUCUUAGCAGGUAUAAUUCUAAUUUUAUUGGGUACAAUUACUAAAGUAGGAGCACUUUUGUCAACCAUUCCUGAUCCAUUAGUUGGUGGUGUUUUGGCGAGUAGUAUGGCUAUGGUUGGUGGCGUAGCAAUCGCAAAUAUUCAACAGGUUGACCUCAAAUGUACCCGAAAUAUAGCAGUACUGGGAUUCUCAAUAAUGGUUGGAUUGAUUGUUCCAAGCUACUUCCAAGAAAAUCCUAUCAUCACUGGUAUUGAGAUACUUGAUCAAGUCCUUACUGUGCUCUUAACGUUGCCAAUGUUUGUGGGAGCAUUCGUCGCUUGUAUUCUCGACAACACCGUCGCAGGUGCCACACGUGAACAACGUGGUUUACGUUCUCGAGGUAUGGCACAUGAUUUGGGUGAGAAUGAUUAUGACGUCUAUGCAUUCCCUAGUUUUCUCAUGAAACUGAUCGACAAAGCUUCAUAUUUAAAUGUAUUACCAUUCAUACCUAAAGAGAAGAAAAUUACAAAUCGUGUAAAUGAUUCAUUACCGUGA